CUACAGGCCGGGAAGCUAACACGAUGUAAAACUCUCUCGGGUAUAAGAAGGAUUCAGCAUGACCUUGCAACAUAUCUCUCACCAAAGCUCAGCCAAGUGAACAACCAGCUCUAAUAAAAGCCGUUGUGCUCUGAAAAUCUCCAGAUCUAUAUCGCUAAAGAACCAUGGUCACAAUGAAGCUGGUCGUUGUUCUUAUGAUGACAACUGUCGUUGCCGUCUGCGCCCGUGACCCCGAGCUCACAACCGACUUCGCCGUCCCAGUAGGAAUGAACGCUUCCACUGGAGAUUUCUUCACAUUCACAGGGCUCAGAAACUUCUCCGCUGCUCCAAACACCUUCGGAUCCAAGAAGGUUACUAAUGUCGAAUUCCCCGCUCUUACUGGACUUGGCGUCGGUAUGACUCUCCUCGAGUACAAGCCCAACACUUUGAACCCUCCCCACAUCCACCCACGUGGAUCAGAGCUCACCUACGUCAUGACCGGAGACUUGGACGUCGGUCUUAUCGACUCUGCCAACAAGCUUUACUCUGCCCAACUCCAGGCGGGUGACUUGUUCGUGUUCCCUCAGGGUCUGGUCCACUUCCAGAUCAACAUGUCCAAGAAACAGAGCGUUCGCGCCAUCUCUGCUUUCGGUAGCUCCAACGCCGGCACCAUCUCGUUGCCCAGUGGUAUUAAUUUCUGGUGUUAAGGACGAGGUUCUCCUCAAGGCUUUCAAUAUCACAUCCGCGGAGUUGUUGACGCUGAAAGCUCCAUUUAUGCCGACCACGAAUGUAAGUUUGGCUUCAUGCCGACCAUUCUGCGGCUGAAAGAACCUGAAGUCUCCGGGAGGAUGUACUGCGUUUUGCAUGCUUAGUACUUUCUUAGACUGCCCAUCAGCUUGAUGCGGAUGUAGUACAUGUUAAGAACUGUGCUACCACCAUAAGAACUGUUGAGUUUUAAGUGAAUGUCGUCGUGGAAAUUGCUAACGGGUAAUAUAAGUGUACUUUUAACCUCUGUCAAAUAUGUAGACUGAAUUCAAGGUUCUCUCUUUUCACCUUCAUCAUCCCU